GGGUGUUUAAAUUGAAGGCACUCUUCACUUGCUAAGUAUAAGGCAGCUUGCAUUUUUGUUGUAUCAGACAUCCUUCAGAAAGAGAAUAUGGCUCCUCAGAGUAUUCUAAUUACAGGGUGUAAUAGAGGAAUUGGGCUGGAGAUUGUUCGUCAGCUUGCAGAGCAAACAGAUCCUCCUAAACUAAUCUUUGCAACAUGCCGCAAUCCUCACUCUCCAGAAAAUCAGAAACUUAAUGAACUGGCCACAAAGCAUUCCAGUGUGGUGGUGAUAAAACUAGAGGCAACAGAUGGUUCAAGUAUCAGAGAAGCAGCUAAAGAGGUGGAAAGGCAUUUGAAUGGAGCUGGGCUAAAUGUUUUGAUUAACAAUGCAGGGAUUAUGCCACCCAGCACACUGGAAUCGGCAAAUGCUGAGGACUUCCUGAAUGUUUACAACACAAAUGUGGUUGGACCAUUACAAUUGACCCAGGCUUUCCAGCCACUAUUGAAAAAGGCUGCAGAAGCAAAUAAAGAGAAAGCCAUGAGCUGGAACAAAGCUGCAGUAAUAAAUGUUUCCACUCUUCUUGGAUCCAUUGAGAAAACUCCAGAGUCAUUUUUAUAUUUUCCAAUGCUUUCAUACCGCUGCAGCAAGGCUGCCCUAAAUAUGCUCACUCAGUGUCAGUCAGUGGGAUACAAGAAUGAUGGAAUUCUGUUUACUGCUCUCCACCCAGGAUGGGUGCAAACAGAUCUUGGAGGAAAGGAUGCAACCCUAACUGUUGAACAGAGUGUUAAAGGAAUACUCAAAGUUUUGCCCAAUCUUUCAGAAAAAUCCAUUGGCAUUCUAAUUGACUGGGAGGGAAAUAUCAUCCCCUGGUGAAAUGGGACAGAGGCAACACUUCCCGAUUUCAAUAACAUUACACUAAUUAAAGUCCAGUGUUUUAAGUUACAUCUUUGAGCACCGGUUAAGAAAAAA